CCCCACACUCACACCCAUACACACUCACACCGCCCCACCACACACGCAAUCCCGGAGGUCCAAAAGGCUCAGCCCCUCGGACCAGAAAGCCUUCCCAGGUACUUUUUCUCUUGGGGUCCUGGAGCACUGCUGGCCCAGGGCUGCUCCUGGGAUAGGAGUCUCCACCUUCCUGCCGCCCUCUCCUGCACCAUGAAGACCCUGAAGAAGCAGUGUCUGGACGUAGUGGGUGCCUACCAAUUCGUGCUCACUUUCCUUUUCAUGGGCCUUUCUUCAUUCCUUCUUGUCUUCUCCCUCCUCUUCACGUCCCUCUGGUCAUUCUCUGUUCUCUACUUGGCAUGGCUCGUCCUAGACUGGAACACACCCAACCAAGGUGGAAGGCGGUCUAAGUGGAUAAGGAACUGGACCAUUUGGAAACACCUAAGGGAUUAUUAUCCCAUCAAGCUGGUGAAAACAGUAGAGCUGCCCCCUGACCAGAACUAUGUGUUUGGCUCUCAUCCACAUGGGAUCAUGUGCAUCGGAACCGCCUGCAAUUUCUCAACCGAGAGCACUGGCUUCUCCCAGAAGUUCCCUGGGCUUCGGGCCUCACUAGUUGGGCUGGACGGACUCUUCCACAUUCCAAUCUAUCGAGACUACCUCAUGGCCACUGGAGCAUGUUCUGUGAGCCGCCAGAGCCUGGACUUUAUUCUGUCACAGCCCCGGCGUGGGCAGGCCGUGGUCAUCCUGGUUGGGGGUGCCCAAGAAUCCAUGUAUGCACUCCCAGGGGUGCAUCACGUUGUUCUCCAGAAUCGCAAAGGCUUUGUACGCCUGGCGCUGAGGCAUGGGGCCUCCUUGGUACCUGUGUACUCCUUUGGGGAGAAUGAUGUCUUCAGACUUAAAGUUUUUGCCACAGACUCUUGGCAGUAUCUGUGCCAGUCCAUCAUCAAGAAGUACCUGGGCUUUGCUCCUUGCAUCUUCUGGGGCCGCAGUCUCUUCUCAGCCAACUCCUGGGGCCUGCUGCCUUUCCCUGUGCCCAUCACUACUGUGGUGGGCCGCCCCAUCCCAGUGCCCCAGAGCCUCAACCCCACUGACGAGGAAGUUGACCACUACCACACGCUCUACAUGAAGGCUCUGGAGCAACUGUUUGAGGAGCACAAAGAAAGCUGUGGUGUCCCUGCUUCUACUCACCUCACCAUCACAUAGCCCUGGCCUUGCCCUGCCCCCCAGCUCCUGAGCUCCUAAUCCCAGUGCACUGAAACCCCCCACCUCACCACCACCACCACCACCUACUGCUGGGUCUAGUCCUCCAAUAAAAGCUAGUUCUCACCCAGCUGGUGUGCUCAGUGGUCGACCUAUAUGAACCAGGAGGUCACAGUUCGAUUGCUGGUCAGGGCACA